CGCGGAAGUGAUUUUCUUUCACAAUAAGAGCACAUUAUUCAGUCUGGAAUUUUUCAACAAAAGAGAAUUCAUAGCAAUCAAAUAUAUUCGUCUAUUUAUUGGAUAACGGGUGCGAUUGAAUUCAAAUUAUAUAAGUUAUAUAUUUUUUUUGCGGGAAAGCAGGAUCGCUCUUUCAGUCAGGCUAUCUCACCUGAACUACUCACCGGACCUCGUCUGGAUGAGUCUUCUCGCUAGCUUUAUACUAGCUAGCUGCUUGAUUAGGACAUUUAUAGAAAUACUUCAAGAGCAAUUAUCAGUUUUUGCAAAUUUGGACUCAUCUGGAAAUUGGAGCUGAGUGGCGGUCGGUACACAAAGCAGCUGAAGAACCACUGACGCUGUUUUGUGGAGGAUGUCUUCAACGUUACUCUUCAACCAAGACAGUGUUAUACGCUUCAAAAAAAGGAAAGCCCGUUUCACUUUCAGUGAGGUCCACAUACUUUUAGAUGAAGUGAGGAAACAUCGCUCAGUCGUUGUGGGAAAAUUCAACCGUGGUGUGGCAACUGAUGUGAAGAAGCGCACAUGGGCUGAAAUUGCAGCCCGUGUCAAUGAGAUUGGCGAAUGUCAGCGUGAGGUCAUUGAGGUCGUGAAGAAAUGGUCGGACCUGAAGUGUGACACCAAACGGAAAGUUGCUGCCAUGCGGUCGGGCAAGGUGCCAAACCGGGGCGUCAACUCCCGUCUAGCUAAAGACCUUAAUCAAACAGAAAAAGUCGUGCUCCAGAUUUUGGAGAUGGAUCGGGAAGACCACAUCAACAAUGACUUAGGCCCCCUUUGUGAUGAUGACGAAGUUGAAGGAAUGGACGAGGACGACAUGGUCGGAAUGCAGAGUUCACCCAAUGGUGCUGAAGAGUUGGCUCGGCCUGCGCCAAUGUCCUACUCUUCAAGUGGAUUUGCACAAUCAGGGGACUCGUCGCAUACUGGCUUUGAUGUACAGUUUGAAAUACCUGCUUCCGAAGACUGGGAUGAUGACACUAAAGAAGACGUCCUGCCUUCAAGUCAGGCAUCUAAACUAAGAGGGGAUCACCUAGGAAACAAUGGCCUCCAUAAACAAGAACAACCUCAUACUUCCUCUGGCACUUCAACCAUGACAGCCUCACUUCCGAUCACUGGUCAGCCCAGCGCAAAUGUGAGGGACAGCAUGCUUCAAAAUGCCUCACUCAGCCUCCAGGAGCAGCAUGCCACCAACAUCCUGCUGGAAACGGUAUCUCGCUCCUUGGAGCUUCUGUCUGAGUCGGUGCAGCAGCUAGCAGAAACUCAGCAGGAAUUCGUGCGUGAGUCACUGCAGCUCCAACGAGAAACAGUGCAGGUUCUACGGGACUUUACGGGAAGCGCCAUCACUCUCAUGCAUGACAAACUAAAUGGACGACCUGCAUUAUAGCAUCAAGUUGCCAGAUUUAUCCUUGACUUUUUCUUUGGCUUUCAGCCACAAAAAAACUUCAAAUUCCUUUGGAUUUUACACUGGUCACUGUAUUUAUUACAGUAUUCAACUGAUAUUCCAUAAUGGGUAGAGACAAUGACUUGUAAGAAAGACUGUUUGAGGGGUUUCAUUGAACGGUUGUAAAUUUUAUUUUAUUUUUUUGCUACUGAGAGUGAUACUUCUGUUACAGCAUUGUUUCAAGCAUGUACCACUUUUUAAAAGCCUAUCCUUGUUUUAUUGCUGACAUUCAAGAGUGGUUAAUUGAAUUUUAAGUGUGUCAAAUUCUGCGCGGUCUGUCCAUAAGUGUUCCCUUGCGUCUGUAACCUUGAGUAGUUUUCAGCACCUGACCAUUAUAUGGUCCAUAUAUCUUAAAGCUACAUUUUACUCAUUGUUUUUACAUCCUUUACUGCAUUAUCUAUUAGAAUAUCUGUAAAAUAAACUAUCUGUAACCAUCCA